AAGGGCUUAAACAAGGGGACAAUAAACAAAGAAACAAUAAACCAAGACAAGACAGACAGAACAGACAAAUGAGACCCUGGAGAAACUAUUUGAGUUUCAAACACACUCAACAACAAAUAGAGUGCAAUAAAUAAAACACAAGUUUCUUGAGCCUUGUUAUUAUCAAUAUUUGUUUGUAUCAAUGUUUUGUAGCAUUAUACUAGAUAGUUUCAAUGUAAGUUAAUUUUGAAUGCAUGUUGAUCAAAUGUAACCUGAAGAAAUCCUGAUGUUCCUGUUUGGACUGUUUAAACAUGAUGUAACAUGUUUAAACAAUCACAUGAUCAGAAACUUCACCCUCUUACAAAACUUACCAAGAAGGGACUGACUUGUCUCUCCUGCCAUAAAGUAUAAAAGAAUCAGCAAUCAAUGAAGAAGGAAGAGAAACGCACUUCAUUGAGGAUUUUCGAGAAGUUUGUUUCUGAACAGACAGCAGAUCCUUGUAAUUCUUGUGGUAAUUAAUUUUUGAAACCAUCAUUCAGAAAGUGAAAGUAAAGUCUAUAUUGCUGGAGCUCAAACUGUGUGAAAUGGCUUCACUAAAUGUAUCUGCAGAUGAACUUUGUUGUGCCGUGUGCUGCGAAAUCUUCAAGGCUCCUGUUGUUUUAUCAUGUAGUCACAGUUUCUGUAAAGAGUGUCUUCAACAGUUCUGGAGAACCAAGAAAACUCAGGAGUGUCCUGUCUGCAGUAGAAGAUCCUCAAGAGAUGAUCCUCCGUGUAAUCUUGUGUUAAAAAACUUGUGUGAGUCGUUCCUGACGGAGAGAAAUGAGAGGCGCUCAUCAGGGUCUGAGGACGAGGUCUGCAGUUUACACAAUGAGAAACUCAAACUCUUCUGUCUGGAGGACGAACAGCCUGUGUGUUUAGUGUGCAGAGAUUCACAGAAACACAUUAAUCACUCAUUCAGACCCAUCAGUGAAGUUGUUCCUGCAUAUAAGAAGGAGCACAAUACAGCAUUGAAGUCCUUACAAGAGAAACUUAAACACAAAGAAAGCCUUAAAGAAAAGUUUGAGAAAACAGUUAAACACAAUAAGUCUCAAGCUGAGCACACAGAGCAGCAGAUUAAACAGCAGUUUGAGAAGCUUCAUAAGUUUCUCAGAGAUGAAGAAGAAGCUACAAUCACUGCACUGAGGCAGGAAGAGGAGCAGAAGAAGCAGAUGAUGAAGGAGAAGCUGGAGGAGAUGAACAGACACAUCUCAGCUCUUUCACACUCAAUCAAAGACAUGGAGGAGAUGAUGAAAGCCAAUGAUGUCUGCUUUCUGAAGGAGUUUCCAGUCUCAGUGGAAAGAGUCCAGAUAUCACAGCCGGAUCCACAGAUGCCUUCUGGAGCUUUGAUUCAUGUGCCAUGUUACUUGGGCAACCUGCCGUUCAGAGUCUGGAAGAAGAUGCAGGACAUCGUCCAAAACACUCCUGUGAUCCUGGAUCCAAACACUGCAAAUCCACGUCUCGUUGUGUCUGAUGAUCUGACCAGUGUAAGAUGGAGCGAGAACAAACAGCUGCUUCCUGAUAAUCCAGAGAGAUUUGACAUCUACGAGUGUGUUCUGGGGUCAGAGGGUUUUAACUCAGGAACACACUGCUGGGAUGUGGAGGUUAAAGAGAGUUCAGCCUGGAGUCUUGGAGUAACUACAGCAUCAAACCACAGGAAAGGAUGGGACAGGAACACUGAUGUCUGGUGGGUGCAGUACGGACUGGGUGAGCAGUUUGGUUUUCGUGUCAAUCAGGAUCUUGAUUGUGUGAGAGUUGAUCUGGACUAUGACAGAGGAACGGUGUCAUUCUCUGAUCCUGUAACUAACACACAUCUACACACAUUCACAACCACCUUCACUGACACAGUCUUUCCAUUCUUUUAUACUCUUUACCCUCUCAGGAUGUUACCGGACAAUAGUCAGUAAACGUUACACCUGUAGGUCUGGAUUGAUCUGCUUUCAUCUUUUACAGUCAUCUUGUUUACAAUAUUUGUGUAUGUAAAACUUCUUAGAAAUGCUCUUAAAUUCUUUCAUCAUUUACUCACCUUCAUGUUGAUCCAGUCCUGUAUGAGUUUCUUUCGUCUGCUGAACACAAAAGAAGAUAUUAAAAAAAUGUGGGUAACCAAACAGUUUCUGGUCCCAAUUGACUUCCAUGGUAUUUUUUCUAUGUUAGUUAAUGGGGACCAGAAACUGUUUGGUUAAAGAUGCCACUCCGGUUUAAUCAAUUCAGUUAUUUACAGCUGUGACAAAGAAAUUCUACAACAUUCAAUCACCAAAUUCAUAUAUAUUACUUGUCUGGACCAGGGUUUUAAUUGGGGUCUGAAGACCACCAUGGGGCCGCAAGGAAAUUCUAGUAGGUCCGUAAAAAAUGUUUAAAGAAAAGUUAAAAAUAUUAAAAUAAAUAAAUUAGAAAUAAUAAGAUUAAUAUAAAUAAAUGAACAAAAAAUAGACUUGUUUAAAUAGAGUGAAUGAGUGAAUUUAUGAAUGAAUUAAUAAAUAUAAUUCAUAUAAAUUCAUAAAAAAAGAUUUAAUAGAAUAAAUAACAGAUUAAAAUAAAUAAAAUUAUAAUAAAAUUCAGUAGGAGGUUCUUUAAAUGUUUAGAGAAAACAAUGUAUAGAAAUGUAUAAAAAUCUAUAUUAAAUAAUAAGAUAAUAUAAAUAUAAACAAAUAAACAAAAAAUUGAUUGAACUGAAUAAAUCAAUAAAUAACAUUAGAUUUGAAAUAAACAAAUACAUAAAAAUAAAAUUUAGGGGAAAUAUAGGGGUCUGUUUUUUUUCUCCAUCAAUCUAAAAAAUGCUGGGUUAUUUUUUUAAAAAGGUUUUUUAAGGGUUCAGGCUGUUCAAGCAAAAUCUCCAGAGUUAAAUCAGCUCUGCUCAGAGUACAUUUGGUCCCUCUCUACAUAGUGUUAAAGUAACACUGAAGCAGAUUUAAAGGUCCCGUUCUUCGUGAUCCCAUGUUUCAAA